AUACCAAAUGUGGUCUACCAGGUGAUGGAGCUUUUCAACAUCGACACUAGGGAACUCAUGGAAUCGCAAAGCGCAGAAAAAAUACUUGGCGUGUAUACCGAGGGCAAGGCUUUGAUACUCAUCAUCACGAAACGUUCCGAGCCUGGCCAAGACAAAAAAGAUCCGGGGUCAGUGAAAAAAGCCUGGACCUCAUUUCUCGGACCAGAGUCGACUUCUGAAGCCAAGGAAAUGGCCCCCGAAAGCUUCAGAGGGAUAUUCCUGGACGAAGACUUCGAUGAGGGCAUUUGGUGCGACAUGAGUCAAGACGUGCAAGUGCGAAUGAUGCGACAGCACUUUCCAGAUUUCGUUGACAACCUGGUUUCCGGAACCGGGACAGUACAGCUGAAAGACUUGGAUCAUUGUUUAGAUGUUCUCAAUCAAGCAAAGCAGCCCACGCACUUGAUGAAUAGACCUUCUUUCGACGACGAGCAAGGACAGAAUAUGAAUGACGGGGAUUCCGGCACUGAGCCAACACUGCCGGAUCGAACACCUGCAAAACAUUCCAUUGAAGUUAUCGUCCUCGAAAGGACGAAAACUGAAACUUUAGAAUGAGGUCUAUGAUCUGCUAGAUACUGUAGCACGUUGAGUUACGAUGACACGAUGACAAUGGAGGACGAAUAUGCUCAUCAAUAGUGAUAAAACAAACAAGAUACCUAGGAACACCUUGGGGUUGCAGCCUAUACUUGAUGGGCUCGGAUAUUGGCCGCAUCACAAUCUCAUCUAUNAGAAAUGCUACACAACCAUUAAAAGGGAUGCUGUAGGCUGAAUAUGGUACAAAAACAGACUUAUGAAAAUGUCCCCAGAAUUUUAAAAAUCUCAUCCUUUCAAAUCCUGUAUAGAGACAUCGGUAAAAAAAAAUGACGCAGUAUAAAACGUGCUUCGCACUCUGUAUGAUAGUCAAAUAUUAUUCAGGAAAACCACCUUUUUCCAUUUAUGGGAGCCACCUUUUGUCUGAAUUGUUUUUAAUAUUUUGCGGCUAAAAAUUUCUGAAAUUUAAAUUACAGUCUAAAAUCGAGUACAGUCUACACAUAGUCGCAAGCGGCCG